AUGUCGACGAUACAGCAGCUUAAGAACUUUAUCCGACACGGAAAGCAAGCUCGAGCGAACAACGAUGAGCCGGCAGCUAAACAGUCACCGCCGCCCAAGGCGCACGUAGGCGUAUCAGAGCCUGCGUAUGCUGCCGCACCACCUGCUCAGGCGAUUCCCGAGGCGUACUCAGUCGCUGGCGAUGGUCAGAACCGCGCCGCCCAGGCAAACCACGCAGCCGCCCAUGCCGCCGAGCCGAACCAGUACAAGACGUCCAAGGCCGGCAAGAACAUCGACAACACACACUUGGCCAAGCUUGUAGCUGAGGAGAACGAGAGCAAGAGCAAAUUCCCGAGAUAUCCCGGCCUGGAGAGAUGGGAGUUGGUCGAAAAGAUGGGCGACGGUGCCUUCAGCAACGUCUACCGCGCGCGCGAUACUACCGGCGAGCACCCAGGCGAGUGUGCCAUCAAGGUCGUCCGCAAGUAUGAAAUGAACAGCAUGCAGAGAGCAAACAUCUUGAAAGAGGUUCAAAUUAUGCGACAACUUGAUCACCCGAAUAUUAUCAAGCUGAUCGACUUUUCCGAAUCCCGGCAAUAUUACUACAUCAUCUUGGAGUUGGCGCCCGGUGGCGAACUAUUCCACCAGAUUGUUCGUCUCACAUACUUCAGUGAGGAGCUUUCGAGGCACGUCAUUGUGCAGGUUGCGCAGGCUUUGGAGUACUUGCACGAGGAGAGGGGCGUUGUUCAUCGUGAUAUCAAGCCUGAAAACAUCCUCUUCAGCCCUAUCCCAGUCAUUCCGUCCAAAAACCCCAAGCCUAAGCAGCCUGGUGAUGAAGACAAGGUUGAUGAGGGCGAUUUCAUCCCUGGAGUUGGUGCGGGCGGCAUUGGCCAAAUCAAGAUUGCCGAUUUUGGCCUGUCUAAGAUCGUGUGGGAUAACCAAACCAUGACACCUUGCGGCACCGUCGGAUACACAGCUCCCGAAAUCGUCAAGGAUGAGCGCUAUUCGAAGUCGGUCGACAUGUGGGCCUUGGGCUGUGUCCUCUACACGCUCCUUUGCGGCUUCCCUCCUUUUUACGACGAGAGCAUCGAGGUUUUGACGGAGAAGGUCGCCAAGGGCCAGUAUACAUUCUUAUCCCCUUGGUGGGAUGAUAUUUCCAAGUCUGCCCAAGACCUCAUUUCCCACCUCCUCACCGUGGAUCCCGAGAAGAGAUACACAAUCACCGAAUUCCUCGCUCACCCCUGGAUCAAGGGCUCCGGCCCUACGCCUCGCGAGGAGAAGAAGACGCAGCCCGACAUGCUGCGUGCGUUCGAUGCCAGCAGAAUCAAUGAUGGUGAUCGUCGCUACGACUUCCGUUCCCCCGGUGCGGUCAACUUGCGUGAGGUGUUCGACGUCGGAUAUGCUGUUCACAGGCAAGAGGAAGAGGCCAAGCGCCGGAAGCAAAUCGGUACCAAGGGUGGUGUUCCCGCACGCUUCCUAAACAACCUUAAUGAGGAGUCCGAGGACGAAGAUGCGGAAAUGGCCGAGAACAAGGAAGCCGAAUAUGUCCACAAGCCAUCGCAGGCUACACAAGCACUCGAGCAGAGCAUGCGCAACGCCCAAAUCAAGGAUCAACAAGAGCAUCGCGGACGGGAGCGUGAGCGUCAAGCGCCUGCGGCGAACGAGAAGGGUUACGGCCAACACUCAGCGACCGUCACGGCUGCAGCUCGUCAACAGGUUAGAGACCGGAACAGACAGAAGGGUGCUUUUGAGCUCAGCCUUGACGGUGCCACAUUGUUGGGGAGACGAAACAAGCAGCCUCUCGCGGCCCGAGCUGGCGGCGCAUAG